GAGAGGGAUGUUUAAAAAUGGUGGCGAGCCCACCCACCCCCUCCCCCAGCCUCAGAAGCCUUUUCGCUUGUGAGGCGAGUGUGUACGAGGGGAGCCACCGAUCGGCGUUUGUUCAGUUCAGAGACUCAAGAUUUAUAACCUCAUCCAUCUAAAGCCGCCCCGGGGAAUGGCUCCGAACGCCUGGUUUGGAACUGGCGUUAAAGCUCCGGGAGUUCUCAACCCGGUUCCGGCGUUCUUGAACCUUAGGGCAGGCUUGUCGACGGGCAGAUGAUCCUCGCCAACUGCUAGGAUGUAGGGGAAUGUCCGCGGCUCGAAAGCUCGUUGAGUUCGCUCAGCGCCUUUCGCUCAAAAGACCCUCGCGGGGCUCCCUUUGCACGCUACUCAAGCUGCGGAGGCGAAAUAAAGUAUAUCUGGGGUUUUGGUUGUUUUUUUUUUUGCAAACGCCAGGAUUUCUGUGCCAUCUGCAGCAAAAGCUCUAGUGCCGCUCUCUGCUACCAGGCCCCUCUGUUCCCAGGAACCUCAGGCUGAUGCCCAUCUCAGCUCGUCCACGCCUGCAAUGGGAUGAUACUCUGAAUCCCUUGAGGAUUAGUGUGGGCAGUCUUCCAGUCCUGGCGUCCAUGACCAAGGCAGCUGACCCCCGUUUCCGCCUGCGUUGGAAGGCCAUUGUGGUGACCACUCUGGUCCUUGUCGUAGUGUUGCUUCUCCUUUGUUUCCAGCGUUCAUCCCCUGUGAACAGGGCAGUUCCUCCCAAUGCUCAUACCUGGAGGCUUAAUGUUCUAUCCAGUGAGAGAUAUAAUGACACUUACCCACUGUCACCACCCCAGCGGAUCCCAGAAGGUGUGCGGUACCGUAUUGGACUCAUUGCUGACCUUGACACAAACUCCAAGGGUCCCAGUGAGCACACCUGGUUCAGCUACUUGAAGAAGGGUUAUCUCACAUUGUCAGCCAGUGGGGACCAUGUCUCUGUUGAGUGGGAUACGAAGGACCAUAUAUUGGAAUCUCACCUAGCGGAAAAAGGACGUGGCAUGGAGCUUUCUGAACUGGUAGUCUUUAAUGGUAAACUCUAUGCCGUGGAUGAUCGAACAGGUGUGGUCUACCAGAUUGAUGACACCAGGGUAGUACCUUGGGUGAUAUUAUCUGAUGGAGAUGGAACAAUUGACAAAGGAUUUAAGGCAGAAUGGUUGGCAGUGAAGGAUGAGCACCUCUAUGUGGGGGGCCUGGGCAAGGAAUGGACCACAACUACAGGAGAGGUGCUCAAUCAAAAUCCAGAAUGGGUGAAAGUCAUUGGAUACAAAGGUGACGUGGCUCAUGAGAACUGGGUGGCCAAUUACAAUGCACUCCGGACUGCAGCUGGGAUCAAAUCUCCAGGUUACUUGAUCCAUGAGUCUGCCUCUUGGAGCGAGAGACUGCAGCAUUGGUUCUUCUUGCCACGCCGUGCCAGCCAUGGGCGCUACAAUGAGCAGGAGGAUGAGCAUCGGGGCACCAACUUGCUUCUUAGUUCCACACCAGACUUCACUGAUAUCUCUGUGAGCCAUAUUGGUGACAUCAUUCCCACCCACGGCUUCUCCUCCUUCAAGUUUGUCCCUGACACUGAUGAUCAGAUCAUUGUGGCCUUGAAAUCUGAAGAGGACGCUGGACAUGUGGCCACCUAUAUCACUGCCUUCAUGCUGGAUGGACGUUGCCUGUUACCCGAAACUCGCAUUGGUUCCAUCAAAUAUGAGGGUAUUGAGUUUAUCUAAUUAAAAAGGUUUUAUCUAAUUGAAAGAAGUCACACUUUUAAGGAGGUCAGAUGAACUGCUGAGAGGUGGCAUGAGUUCUAUUCCCAUUUAUUACUCUGCUUUCGCUGCAGAGCAUUAUGGGACAUUGAAAUGCUUCUCUUGGCAUAGUUUUCGCCUCUGUAAAAACUACUUGGCAAUUGUAGCUUUUUUCUGUGCUGACCCCUAGUGGUACAAAGCCUGUACAGCUUUUUUUUUUCCUCUGUUCUAUAGCAUCCUAGGAUUUAGCCCACUCUCCUUUGUUCAACCAGGCUAUUAAUUUGGCAGAGCAAACCUGAUGAAUUGCCUUAUUCUUCCAUCCUCCCCUCCUGCCCCCUGUCUAUUCACACGUGCCUUUGCUGAGAAGAGAAAGUCUUCAAACCCAGUUAAUUCAGCAAAGAUGUUAGUCAAACAUUUGGAAGGCUUCCCUUUGACUCUGGCUAUCCCUGCAAGAGUCAUUUUCACCUUGUCUGCACAGAUACCUCUUUUUGAUAGGAAAUUGCAGAUGAGACUUUGGCCUCUAAUCAGGGAAAUUUGUGAUAACAGCAGAAAAGGCGCUGAUGCCAUGAUUUAGAACUUUUGGGAACAAAAGGCUCAUCUUCUGUUUUGAAAGGUUCGGUUCUGCCUUUGUGUCUAAAAAGGCAAAGCGUUUCUUUUUGGUAAUCUUAAUAUUGAGAAAUAUAGAGAGAGAAGAUGAGACUUUUGUUCCAAAAAGUUCCAAGUUAUGGCAUCAGCAUAUAUACAUGACAUAGUUUUCCGUGAUCCUUCAUUUUUAAAAAACGCACUGUUUUCAGUGUUAGGAAACAAGAUCUUAUGAAAAUAUUGUAGCUGGAAUCGGGUUCUAAAGUUAUUCUAGCAGCAGGAUUUUAAGUAUUCAUCGUUCCUCCUUUAUGUGUAAUAAAAUGGGCAAGUGAGCUUACUUCGUUUCCAAUGUCUUCCUCAUUGUUGGUCAUUUUCUGGAAGUCUUAUUUCAAUCCUAGCAUUCUGUCUUAUUUUUCAGAUAAAUUAUCAACAGCGUUUAUAUUUGAAAGUUACCUGAACUAACCUAUGUUUUAUCUAUACUUACCUAUAUUUUUUAAUUACCUGAAAUGAAAAAAAAAAAAAGUGUUGACAGUCAUAAUGUCCCAGCUUUUAAGCAGAUAAGAUAAAAAUAUAUGUUUAAGAAACACAAAUAUUAAGGAACACCUGUGUAGGAAGGCGAGCUACAGAAACUCCAAAGAAAUGUAAUGAUUUUUUUGGAUAUGCCAAAAUGUAUACAUUUGAAGGCUGUGCCAUAAAUGUGUGUGAAUAUAAAGGAAUGUGUUUUAUA